UUUAAAUUCAAGUUGCCUUAAUUAAUUGUAAUUAUGCCUGCAAGUUUUUUGCCGAUUGUCUGCACACUGUGUUUCUUAGCACCAGCCGUCUUCACACAAACACUGCCAUGUCCAUUGAAGUACAAGUGUCAUGCAGAGGAAGCACCGGUUUGGGGCAGUGAAAUUCGUAGGUGUCACAUUUUCCUUAAUAAAUGUUUUCUAGCAAAUGAAAACUGUGAACGUCUGAAUAAUCAACUACCGAUGUUGAAACUUGAAAGCCAAGAGAUUUGCCAGCAAAAAUGCGUUCAAUCCUGUUCAGCCGUUGUAGCGCCUGUAUGCGCCUUGUAUAGAGGACAACUGAAAACUUUCUCAAACCAAUGUGUUUUAGAUAAGCAAGCUUGUGAAUUGGCGGAACCCUGGCAUUAUCUCUUCGCAGGGGAUUGUGAUUCGAUAUUCUCCAUUGAAGAAAAGAAAGUUAUUGCAUAG